AUGCGCGGCCCUAACUACUUGAACACAAACGGAACUCUAAACUUCCAACCACGCAUCCACAAACUCAACAUCUCCCUCGCCCUGGCACGCAAUGCCUCGGCCCAAAAUCCCUCAGUCCCAAACCUCCAGCUCAAAUACCUCGACACAAUCCUCCUCACCGGCCCAGACGGCCAGCCCACAACCGGCCUCGACGCCGACGUCACCGGUUACGUCUCCUACCCAGGCUACCCGCCGCUCCCAGAAGCAACAUAUACCGGCGACGGCUUCGGCGGCGCUGGCCCAGGCGGGAAACGCAUCUCCCUCGAUCCGGAAGGCCUGGCCCUAGCCCACGACGGCAGCUUCUGGGUAUCGGACGAAUACGGACCCUACGUGUACAAGUUCAACCCAGAGGGCAAGAUGACCUUGGCCAUCCGGCCUCCGGAGGCGAUCCUGCCCCACCGCAACGGGACCGUAAGCUUCAGCGCCGCCAGUGCGCCCGUCUAUGACCCAAAGCGUGAAACGAACCCCGAGGACCCGCAGUCAGGCCGGAACAAUAACCAAGGGUUUGAGGCGCUGACUGUCUCCCCUGACGGCAAGACGCUGUAUACCAUGCUUCAGUCGGCGCUGAACCAGGAGGGCGGGCCGAAGAAGAAGAAUCGGCAGCCCGCUCGACUCCUGGAGUACGAUAUCGCCUCGGGAAAGCCCGUGUAUACGCAUGAAUACGUGGUUCUGCUGCCCAAGUAUGAGGACUACACGAAGAAUUCGUCGGUGGUGGCGUCGCAGUCGGAAAUGCACCUGCUUCCGACGGGUGAUUUUCUGGUUCUGUCGCGGGAUUCGGGCUUUGGACAUGGGCAGCAGGAAAGUCGGUCGGUGUAUCGGCAGGCAGAUAUCAUCUCAAUUUCGAAUGCGACGACGGAUUUGAGAGGGAAGUAUGAUGCGGUUGGGGCGAGCGUUGCUUCAUCGAAGGGGAAGUUGAAGGAUGGUAUUACGCCGGCGGAGUAUUGCUCUUUCCUCGAUUAUAAUGUCGAGUCGGAGCUGGCGAAAUUUGGGCUUCAUAAUGGUGGACCACAAGACGCUUCUCUUUUGAAUGAGAAGUGGGAGAGUCUUGCCCUAGCUCCUGUGGACCCGGGUCAGCGAAAGGGUCGCGGUUUGAAGAAGGAGUAUUUCCUGUUCAGUUUUAGCGAUAAUGACUUUAUGACCCAAAAUGGGCAUAUGAACUCUGGGCGGUUCAAGUACGCCGAUGGAUCUGGUUACAAUGUUGACAACCAGGCUCUUGUCUUUAGAUUGGAGUUCUAA